UUGUGAAGCAGUUGGAGGUUCGGCAAUCAAGACUCAACCCCUUUUAUUUUUAUUCAGUAUUUCCUUGGACGUGGUGUUAAGUGGCGGUGGCCUGUUCUCCCAGGCAGCCAGCUAGUCAGCCUGCUGUUUGCUUCCCCAGUCCUCUUCGGCGGGGGAGGACAUGGCUAUAGACACAGGCUGGGGCGCCUCGAGCCUUGCCAGCACACGCCGGCGCGGCAGGAGACGCCGUGGAGUUAAUGGGAUGCAUCCCACUGUAUGCACCACCACCACCACCACCACCCACCACCAAGGCAGCCCCAUGCAAGGUGUUCCUGACUUGCAGCCAGCAUGGCACGGUGUGGUGGAUGCUUUGCCACAUCAAGGAUUUUUCCAAUCACAGGGAAUUGAAGGCUUACCACAGAGGAGGAGUCUGCGGCUGUCUCUCAGAAAGCUUGGAGUGUCUAGGGGUAGGGAGGCCAAGAUUAUAAGUGAAGAGGGCAUGAGUAACACCCCAGUCAGUUUUAAGGAACAAAGAGGUCUGGAAGGCAAGGUAGCGGUGAAAAUGAAGGCAGCACUAGAGAGUGAAGGGCAGGCCAGCAGAUCCUCGGGGGAGGCCCAGGGCAGUAAGGAGCAGCUGGAGUUGGACAUGCUGGUCGGGCAUGAUGACCUGGGGACCAAGCAGGAGCAGGACGUGCUGUGCUGCAUCAGCCAGUUCGCCAGCCACAAGGAGUUUCAGGCGCACCACCAAGGACACGUGCGUGAGAGGAGCCUGCGAGUGCACCUCAGGCAAAUCUCGCAGUACCAGUUGAGGAAGGCCAAGGUCAAGGUGGAGUCAAGGAAAAAAAGUUCACCCCACAAACCGAAGCUCAAAAACUCCAAGGUGGGUCGUGGCCGCGGUCGUAAGCGCAGGGAGGUCAAGAUCCUGAGUGAAGAGGGCAUGAGUGACACCCCAAACAGUUUUCAGGAACAAGAAGGUCUGAAAGCUGAGCCCUGCGAGGAGGAGGGGAGGGAGGAGGAGGACAAAGGAAAGGAGGAGGAGUACCAUCAGGAGGGCCAGGAGUACCAGCAGGAGCAGGACAAAGGAGAGGAGGGCUACCUGGAGGCCCCUGAGGCUGGCGAGCAAAGUGACGGCAGCAACAGCGGCUUCAACCCCGAGCUUGGGGAGCAGGAGCUCAACUACGAGGGUGCAGGCGACUCCAGGGAUAACUCGCGGGCUUACCAGGCUCAAUUUGAGUCCUACCCGACUGCUAGCUGGUUCACCGAUUACAAGUCUGGACCGCGGAUAGCCGCAGCCACAGCAGCGGAGAAUGCUAGUGAAGGGGGCACCUGGGCCAGGGGUGCCAAUUCUUCCGUCACCAACACUACCACCAGCCAGGCCGGCGUGAGUGGCAUGAUGAGCCGCCAUGGCAGCCAGUGGUCCCAGGCAGCAAGCUACAGUGGUGCCGCAGCCUACCCUGACCUGCCCAGCACUAGCAUUGGCAGCACCAACAUGCCCAGGCCCUUGUGUGCUCCCCUGCCACCCACUUUGCGUAUCCAGUACCCCCCCAGCCCGCCCCCACGUGUCCAGGGCAGACCCCCUCUCACUGGCCAUGUGGGGCAGCCCUCCCUGCACCAGGCUGCCCACCUCCAGCCCACCCUUGGGCCAGGGCACCCCCCUGCUUCCUCCAUCCUGCAAUCACUGCUCAUGCCAGCCCUGGUGGAACGUAGGGGCAUACACCAGACCAUGUACCCCAGUGGGUGCCCCGAUGCCCCGUCACAGCAGAGCGGCAAGCGGCAGAUGCUCAGGGCAGCCGGCCACUCCCCCAGCAAGACUGCGAGCCACAGGGACAUCAAGAAUGACAAGUGUCAGAUUAUUGCUGUGGCCAAUAGGAGCGACAGGUUGCCUGUCAUCUCCAAUGCUCAGAGCGGUUCUGCCACUUCUGGUAGCCAGCGGACCAGUGUGCACGUCUUUGCCAUCAAGGAGGGUGGCCGCAACAGCCCUAAGGCGGUUGCUGUGACCAACUCACUGGCUUCACAGGGCAUCACUGUGAUGCCUGCGGCUGGGGAGCGGCAAGAUGGCAGUGGCGAAAGGGAUGGCCGGCAGUUGCUGACAGCGCAGGCGUUGAACCUGUCCUUGGCAGGGCAGGAGCAAGACAGAGACGACUUCGUGGUGCUCCAGGCCCCCACUAUGCGAGGCAACGUGUCUAACAGCAGUGUGGAGCGGCCUCCCCACCCCCCUACCGUGGACCUGACGCAGGAUGUGCCUGCUUCGGGGGCCCAGGGCACGCGGCACAAGUGCCACCAGUGUGACUGCGGCUUCCCCACGGCCAGCCUGCUAGCGGACCACAGUCGCGUGCACCAGCAGCAGCAGCAGGCCAGGAUGCCCUUCAAGUGCCACCUGUGCACAGCGGGCUUCUCCACGCAGAAGGGCCAGCAGCACCACUACCAGCAGUUCCACCAGCUGCACCUCUCCGCCGGGGACAUGGCCAUCCCACUGGUGGACCUGCGCAGCCCCGUCAACGUGCAGCGCAUGGCGGCCCUGGGCAUCCGCUCCUUCCUGCCUCUCACCAACCUGCAGAACAGGGGUGCAGGAGGCGUGGUGGGCGUGCCCAUCCUCACCCUGGAGAACCUGCGCAACGGCCACAUGACGCUGCAGCAGUGGGGAGUCAGUGACGUGCUGUCCCUCGGCCCCGCCAAGACCCUCAACAUGCCCAGGUAA